AUGGACAACCCAUUCACUCAUUUGAAACCUUCUGAUAUGUUAUCUAUAGCAGAACAAGAUCAGUCUGGGCUAUUAUAUGCUGCUUUAUCUCCAUCUAAAUGGACACGAACUAUUCGUUGGAAAAGACAGCAUACAGCAGCAUUUCCUCAACUUGAGUCAAUUCCCCAUACAAUACACGAUACAUUUGUGUUGAACGAAUUUACCAAACAAAAUGCUGCACCAAGUAACACGAUGUUUGCUCAAGAGCCUGGAUUGUUGAGCAGCAUCUUAGCAGAGAAAGUCCAUCCACUUACACUUUCUAAACUAACGACACCUAAUCUAGCAACAGAUGUUGUUUUACCAUCACAGCCAAGCCAUUCAAAAAACCACGCCAUGGGAGGAUAUACGAUUGAUGAAACAGAAUCUAUUUUUGAUGUGCCAAUAGACCCUUUACCUCAAUUCACCAGAAAGGAAAGGAAAAUAAGUUUUAUUAACAAGAAACCUUCGUAUACUCAAUGUAUUUGUAAUUAUCCUGACCUUGAUGACGACCGGCCUAUGAUUGCAUGUGAUAGUUGUGGCGUAUGCUUCCACGCUUUAUGUAUAGGUCUUGAUAACGAUAAAGAACAAUGGACUUGUUCUCGCUGUAGUUAA